GUGAAACCAAAAGCUCGCGGCAAAAUUGUUUCUUAAUGAAAGCGAUAAUUACUUAAUUCCAAACAAUUAUUCUGGAAUACAUAUUCAUUGCUUUCUUUGGGUCAGCUCACAUUGAUUCACGUACCCCGACGAGAAGGACACUCUCUUAUAUCAGCCGUUAACGAAAUUCUUUUUCUGGCACUGAAAAUGGCGAGGACUGCAUCCACAAUUCUUUUUUUGCUGUGUUUGGUGCUGAUUACUGGGUAUACGAUGGCCAGGCAAGAACACUGCAACCUUCCCUUGGAAAAGGGAAAGUGUGGAGGACGGUUCGAGAGAUUUUACUACAACAGCCACAAAGGAAAAUGUGAGAGCUUCUUUUAUGGUGGCUGUAGUGGGAACGACAAUAACUUUGAAAAUGAAGAGGAAUGUGAUAAAGCUUGCGGCGCAUUCAUGACCAUGGCGGACGCUAAUUCCUUCUGCAACCUUCCAGCGGUAGUAGGAAGGUGCAAAGGAUACUUCCCGAGGUAUUUUUACAACACAGAGGCAGGAAAGUGUCAGCGUUUCAUCUAUGGUGGAUGCGGAGGAAACAGGAACAAUUUUGAGACUGUGGAMGACUGUCGCGCAACUUGUCAUCCUCGUGAAAAAAGGGCUCUUGCAGAUAUGACUAUGGCGGACGCCAAUUCCUUCUGCCAACUCCCAGCGGUAGUAGGAAGGUGCAGAGGACGCUUCCCAAGGUACUAUUACAACACAGAGGCAGGAAAGUGUCAGCGUUUCAUCUAUGGUGGAUGCRGAGGAAACAGGAACAAUUUUGAGACUGUGGAAGACUGUCGCGCAACUUGUCAUCCUCGUGAAAAAAGGGCUCUUGCAGAUAUGACCAUGGCGGACGCCAAUUCCUUCUGCCAACUCCCAGCGGUAGUAGGAAAGUGCAGAGGAUACUUCCCGAGGUAUUAUUACAACACAGAGGCAGGAAAGUGUCAGCAGUUCAUCUAUGGUGGAUGCGGAGGAAACAGGAACAAUUUUGAGACUGUGGAAGACUGUCGCGCAACUUGUCAUUCCCACGCGUAAUGAGGAACUUAUUGUCAACAGUUUCACAAGAUCAAGACUAAACGAGUAAACCAACGCUUAAGUUAAAUUUCAAUUGUUCAAUAAAUGAUUCUCCUUAAUUCCUUUACGUCAAUGACUGUACAAGGUCGUAAGAAUGAAAAUUAAAAAUAAACAGCAAAAUGUCAAAAAAAAUCAA